GGGAACAAGUGUAAACGAAGCCAAGGGGAUCGGAAGCGCGCGCGAUGGACAGCCCCGCCGUGAACGUGAAGCCGUCGCUGUCGAGGAAGCCCUCGCCGUCGUUCCGCCUACGGAACGGCAGCCUGAACGCGCUGCGCCUGCGCAGGGUGUUCGACCUGUUCGACCGCAACGGCGACGGCGAGAUCACGCUCGACGAGAUGGCGUCCGCGCUCGACGCGCUCGGCCUCGGCGCCGACCGCGCCAGCCUGGAGGCCACCGUCGGGGGUUACAUCCCCGCCGGCGCCGCGGGGCUCCGCUUCGGGGACUUUGACGCCCUCCACCGCGCGCUCGGCGACGCGCUCUUCGGGCCCCUCGAGGAGGAGGAGCCCGGGAAGAGAGCGGAGGACGACGACGAGGGCGACAUGAAGGAGGCGUUCCGGGUGUUCGAUGAGGACGGCGACGGCUUCAUCUCCGCCGCCGAGCUGCAGGCCGUGCUCAAGAAGCUCGGCCUCCCCGAGGCGCGGAACCUGGCGACGGUGCAGGAGAUGAUCUGCAACGUCGACCGCGACUCCGACGGCCGCGUCGACUUCGGCGAGUUCAAGUGCAUGAUGCAGGGGAUCACCGUGUGGGGCGCUUGACGGCGGCCGGCGGCCUUCGUCCUCUCCGGCGUGCCAUAUUCUGAAGCAUCUGAAGAUUUGUUUCAAUCAAUAGUGAACUGGUGUUUGUUGUAGGUUGGUCAUAAUGCAGGUAAUGAUGACUGUAAUUUCACCGCUGUAUGUUAACUCUUGGGUUUACCCGUCACUAAUGUAGGCAUGUAGCCAGGUCUUGUGCAUCUGUAUCGCUGUAUUCCUCCUAAUCCAACAAACUUUAUGUAUGCAAGAACAACGUGGCCUUUAUCAGAACUAUGGUCUUUUUGUUAAAAUUGUAAGCGUGUGCUUGGUUACUUGGUUUAAUGUAAUUAUUCCUUUGUACCAGUAGUAUGUUUUGAUCGGUUUCAAAGAGUAGUGUGUUUUGAGCUGGCAUCAUCUCUGGAUUAUAUUCUCUCUACUCUGCUUUUGAUUAUCAAGGAAAGCGCCAAUGAUGGACAAAGCUUGAGAUAAUAAUGGAUCCCAUUGCUGCUUCAAAAUUGAACAUGUGACAAUUACUGAGCUUUAAUAGUAAAUAGUUAGUGGUACUAAUGUCUUGGAAUAACGAAAGGAUAUGAUUAUGUU